AAAUGUUACUAGCUUUUGGAAAGCAUUUUGGAAAGUUCACUUAAUAUUGUCAAGGUAGUCUCUGUACUUGGUAUUUCUAAUAACUUAAAGCUAGAAAACUGACCUAUUUCUUAAAAGAUACUUUGAGAUACUCGAUUAGGUCAGAAAUACAGCAGGUAUUGGAGAUCCUUGUUUAAGUGAGAAACUUGCCUGUUAGUGAGAAGUCCUGGUUGUUUUAACAAACUCUAUAAUUUUAAAGCUGAAGAAGCUGUGACUAGUGGUUGCAUGAUGAUGGUCAAUUGUGUUAAAUUUGCUUUCCAACCUUAAUGUCCAUCUUUGAUUGUAAAUUACAGCCUCACCACAUCUGAAGUUACUGCACCAAAUUCUGUUAUACAUGCAUAAACAACUGUUCUCUGAAUCCUUAUAGAAUUGCAACACCGUCUUAUUCUCUGUGCAGCACUGAAAUAUGUGAGAGGUCAACGUAUGCUCUUACCUGCAAGAGUUUGUAAACUGUCCUUGAAGAAUAGACUUGAAAUAAUAGCUGUAGUUGCACUGAUGGAACGCGAGGAAUCAAGUGGUGGUGAACUGGGCAUGCUGUUUGGAUGUUGCUGUAUGCUCUUUCUCUUAGUUGCCUCUUAAUAUAUUAUAAGUUGUUGCCUUUUCAUUAUCCAACAGCUUUAUGGUUCUAGGCAGCCAUGAAAUCUGUAAAGCACAGACUUCAAAAGUGUGUUUUCUGGGUCGUGAGCUGUAGCUUGGGUUUACAUAUUUCGUUAUUUUAAAAUCUAGAUAUAUUCUGUUGUAUGGAUUUUACCCUUUUGCCAAUUACAGUACACAAAAUCCAGUAAUUUUCUCCAUGUUUGAUGCAUUAGCAAUAACAUUAGUCUUAAGUAGGUCAGAAUUGUCUUGCAUUUACGUAGUGAAACUGAGGGAGAACAGUUAGUGACUUCUGUUGAAGGUUAUAGAAAAUAACGGGCAGUAUAUCUGGAAUUGAAGUUCAGGGUUUUCUUGCUUACUCCUCUUCAAGAGGGGCAAAAUGAGGCUGGGAUUAUUUGCUUUGUGUUUACUGAAGCCUGACUGCCCUCUUACGUAGAACUGACUACGUUGCAAGUGGCCAGUAUCGGCUGUCUGUAAGACCUCUUGAAAGUAGCUUACAGUGCUGUUGCUACAACUUUUGAUCGGUGCUAUCCUUAGGCAUCUACAUUUAACUUUAAUUGGACCUGGUGUGUAGGAGGGCUGAGGAAGUGCGCCAAGGAAUGUGCAGGUAGCAAGUGUAAUGCUCUGAUGUUUGUGUCAGUCGUACCAUCUGAGGCCCAUAGUGACAUUUCCAGAUACUAUGGACAUGGCUAAAGGUGAAAUUAUGACGGACCUGUGUUCAGGAAUAAAAGACAUUUGCCUUUUAUUGGCAGUAUUUGUUCUUUAGACCCAUUUUAUUACUCAGGGUUUGCUGACCAUGGCAAAGAACCUGUGUUCUGUCACGUGAUAAACAUGGAUGCAAAUAGAUCCAGUCCAGUCCAUGAAUCUUGUUAUAUUCCAGUUAGAUUAAUUUACUGGAGCUUAUUUUGGGAGGUGGGGCAGAUGGGAUGUUCUUGGGUGCAGUAGAAUUGUGGGAAGUAAAUGUUUGCCUGACUUCACGUAAAUUUGACAGAGACAAAAAAAAAGUGUUUCUUAUUUCUUUCCCUUGGUUGAGGUUUCACUUUACCUGCCAUCCAUUUCUACAAGUAGAAAGAAUCAGUUGAAUUGGACUUUGCCCACAUUGCUGCAGAGUAGUGGUUUGCUUUCCAUAGUGGUGAUACAAAAGGUUUUAAAAAAUUCAAGGUAGUGAGUGGGUGUGUAAACAAGAGAGCAAGCUUUUUCCUUUAUACCAAUGGCUGAAUUCUCAAUUCUCCUCUCCAGUUGUAGUUAGAAGGGAGUGUGGAGAUAAGCCAAGGAUUGCCAGACUAUCUUGGUUAGUGCUUUCCUUUUUCUUCAGCUGUAAUAUUUCUAGAGGUCUUCACUGGUGUUUAGUGUUCUCAUAUUAAAAACCAUAUGUAUGUGGUAUUUAUGUGCAGGCCUACGUGAAACCUGUUUUCUUCAGAACCUAGUUAUUCAACAGUUUCUGGUCAUCCAUCUCUCUUCACAGUUUAGUGCUCUGUGUUUUGCUUUUGACUCUUCCUGAGGCAUGUGACUUCUCCUACAAUCCCGAGCUCUCCUCAUCCUGUAUUUCUGUUGCACUGGGUUCUGAAUAUCUUGUCUCCCAUUUCCUGUGUGUCAGCUGCCUGUCUGGUAACAAGAGAGUGGGACCGUCUGUUUCAUCAUACAACAGUUGAGAAAAAGUUUACUUUCUGGGCUUUCUCAAAGAUUGUGUAAUGUUCAGUGAUAUGUUGAGUCAUUAUCAGGAUAUUUGCAGAGAAGACUGAGGUAGUGAUGAAAAGUAUGCCAAAGAUGAUACUUUCUCUAAGAGGAAAUAGAAUAAUGUUUGUAGCAAAUAAUAGGGCUGUCUCCUGUAUCUGGCUUUCUGUUUCUGCAUAUGCAGGUUUCUUCUGUAAUUGGAAUCACUCAGGUGGGAUUUUCAGCUGUUGGUUUUACUGGUGGCUCAGCCCUAGAAUCAGUCUUCCUAGGUGGAUGAUUAGUGUAUAGGGAAAUGGCGGUUCUGUUCCAGUGAGCGAGUAUGGGUCCUGGUGAUUCUCCCAGGUGUGCUUGCAGGGAGACUGUCUUUCAGGUUUUUUGACUGUUCUUGUUUCUGCUUCCCUUGUAUUACUCAAAGAGCUGGAGUGAGUAGGAUAGCUGAGUUGCGCUGGCAUUAGAGGCAUUUAAGGGAAUUUGGUUACAGCUCGAGAGUACUCACCCAGCAGGUGAGGACUCAGCUUCCUAAUCUAGUUCUGAAUGUUCUUGGUAGAGAUUGACUCAUAAGCACCCAGAAAAAGGUGUUUGGUUAUGCAGUGGUAUCAUCUACAGGUCAUUAUAAUUUAAAAAAAAAAAGUUUCAGUACAGAAUAAAACAACCUGAUUAAACUUCAGGAACCUUUUCUAAUACAGUUUGAGCCUAGCUUAUGCAGAAAGGAGUAAAAGGAGGUUGCCACGUACCACUAAACUACAUAAUGUUUGCCUGUUGCAUGUAGCUAUUAUGAGGUUGCACAAAAUAUUUUAUUGUAAGGCAUUCAGGAAAUUCUUCAUUUGUGGGUAUAGCAGAUAUAUCUAUGUUCUCGUAGUGUCAGUGUCCUGUAAUUGGUGUGCUCUUACUUCAACAGAGACAGGAGUCAACCUGAAAUUUGGCAUUAUUGUGGCUUAAUGCAGGAAAUGGUGAAAAUACUGCUUGCUUUUUGACAGCCACCAUGGAGAAAACAGUGUAGCUGCUGAUAGGCUUGAAACUCUGCCAGGAGGACGGGUGACUUCGGUUCUCCUCUAUUGCAUUUGUCUGUGCCUUCCCCUGUUCCAGGCCUAGAUACUGUAGCAACUUAAAAGUUUUAGCUGUGUCUGGACAGCACUGGUCUCAGGGUUAACCUGACUUGCAUUAUGUACACGCUUUUUCAGUAGUGCUCAAGUAUGAUUUAAGGGGUAUUUAUUUUGCUACCUAGUUUUCUAAAGUUCCUUCUCCUUUGUGUCUGUUAUCAAACUUGAGGCCAGGGGAUGCUUAUUCUUGGUUACAGGAAAAGCUAUAACCAGAGACAGAGACUUCUCAGCUGACAGUAUCUGUUAAAUUCACUCAUAUCUGGCAACCCUCAAGACACUACAGUUUGCACUUUUGAAGCUGUGGAUGAAAAUAUGUCUCUACUGUUUGCUGUCUGUUAUCACUUCAUGUAGUUACCACAGCAUUAGUGGUUUUACCUGCUACUAAAACUACAGCUGUGUUCCUAAAUGGCAGCAUGGCAAAAGAUUAAAACAAAUCUAUCCCUAUUUCUAUAGUCAGACCUACAGUUCAGAUAUAAGAAGCUCUCAAGAGCUGAUAGACUUAUGGCAAGCAGAAAUUGAAAGAAACCUCUGAUCCUCUGGAGCUCAGUGGCAAACUGAUAAUGCAUUUCUUCCGAGUUUGUCAGUUCAGCUUAGUGUUGGUGACCCAGGCACAACACAGAGGAGAUGCCUCAGGGAAGGAAAACUAUCACAGCCAGUGAUCUAGGCAGCUUAAAGAAAGAAAUAGGAACGUUGCAGUUUCAUCUUAUCAGAUGAGUUAUUCUUUUUCUCCCCAGUAAGAUGAAUAAACUCUUCCUGAAUUAAUCUGGGUGACACUUCCUCCUUUUGUUUGCUGUAGAUCUUUCAACCUCAGAUCUGGAAUAAAGCUCAGUCUUCCAAGUGAUGUUCUUUGGACUGCGGCCUUUAAUCCAUAGUGCUCCUGUACUGGUAUUUAAAGCUAGGACACCAAGAAUAAAAAACGAAAGGGGUGAGAGAAGCACAGCCUAUAUUGUGAGAAUGCGUGCAAGCAUGUUAGGAAGCUCUGUAAUGAAUGUCAGUUUACAAGAAGAGAAAGACAGUUAUAUUAGUCAGGGAACACCUAAUCCAUUUUUAAAGCUUGCUUUGUUUUUCUGUCAUGAGCAGGAUGAACACAGGUACCCGUGCUCCAUUUCUUGUGCUGGACCUCAAGUGCCUAAGGAUAGGCACAGGUGCUUAGUAAAGUCUAAGCUUAGCGAAACACUUACUGAAAGUGGUGCCUGUUGACUAUUUUAGUGGACCUCUUGUGAUGGAGAAGAGCACAGAUCUUAAUUUUUGGGUGUGGCAAUGGGUGAAGGACAGUCUUAAUCCCGUGCUAGUAUAAAAUCAUGGAAAAUGGGAACUGAGCCUUGUAAUAAAGCUUUUACCAGUGGCUUGCCAAAGGAAAAGAGAAACUUAGAGUCUGCGUAACUGGCUUGGAUGAACUGUGCUAAAAAUAAAGACGGGGGAAGGUUAACCCUGCUCAACCCUGUAACUACCUAAUCAGUGAAGUAGGGAACAAUCAAAUUAAGGUAAAUGCAGAUGUAACUAAAAAUAAUUCCCUAAUAUGUUGCAGUAUGGGUGAUCUAUCGCUCAUCUGUAAUUAUAGUGGUUUCAAACACACUUUUUUUUGUUUAAAGUCACCAGACACAUCUUUGAAAUGACUUAAUUUUAAAUGGCUACAGGAAGAAUAAUAACAUGAAGUUUGAACCAGAGAUCUGGCUUUUGAGAACAAGAAAAAUAGACAACUGACUGACUGAGACUAGUUUGGGUAUCAAGAACAAAUCUUUUCACUGGAUUCCAGGGACUUUUGCCUUUGUGCCAACAUAAAUAUGGGUGUCUCUCUAAUAGCAGAAUUGCAUUGGAUUCAUUUGUGCUAUUUGGAAAUUAUGAUAUGAAAUAUACAGUUCACUUUUAGACUUCCCUGUUUUAAGAAAAUAGGGAGUUAGAUGUUGAACUGGAUGCUCCUUUUUCCUCUGGGUGUUUUGAAGAGAACUGAGGUCUCCUAUUUCUAAAACAUUCUUCUCAUGUUUGUAAGUUGGUCAGACACACAGUGUUCUAAAAGCUCUGCUGCAUUCCCUGCAGGCCCAAACAGAGAGUUGUAGCUAUGUAGCAUCAAUUUCAGCUGCUCUUAGGCAGUGCUGAAGUUCCUGCUGUUUGCAGUGGGGUCCAGUAAACAUUUGGCUUGUGUUCAAGGCGGAUGUGGGGAAUACUGUCCCUCAGUGAGCAAAGAGGCAUCAGGUUAAUACUAAGCUCUCUGCCUUUUUGAUGGCUUUAUCCUCUCUCUUGUCUUGUGCCCUUCUCAAGUUCUGCAAGGAAGCUAACUGUUCUGCUGAACGGAAUGGACGACCUUACUGUUCUGCUAAACACAAAGUAUGCCAAGUAUGGGGAAGGGGGGACAGAGAAGAUUACAGCAUGGAAUUCACGUUUUCUCAAGAAAAGCUGCAUAUGUUAGAUCAAUACCGUUGAAGAUAUCUUCUGAUUGCAACACCCAAAGCAGGGUCCUGGAACCAAUUUUUCAAAAGACGACACACAAUGGAUCUCAAAGAAAGCUGCCCAAGUGUUAGCAUUCCCAGCUCUGAUGAACACAGAGAGAAGAAAAAGAGAUUUACUGUUUACAAAGUGUUGGUCUCAGUUGGCAGAAAUGAAUGGUUUGUCUUGAGACGAUAUGCAGAGUUUGAUAAACUCUACAAUACGCUAAAGAAGCAGUUUCCCACCAUGAACAUGAAGAUUCCAGCUAAAAGAAUAUUUGGCGAUAAUUUUGAUCCUGAUUUCAUUAAACAGAGAAGAGCAGGACUGAAUGAAUUCAUUCAGAAUUUAGUUAGACAGCCAGAGCUAUGCAACCACCCAGAUGUCAGAGCAUUUCUCCAGAUGGAUAACCCAAAACACCAGUCGGAUCCAUCUGAAGAUGAAGAUGAAAGGAGCAGUCAGAAGUUAAACUCUACCUCACAGAAUAUCAACUUGGGACCAUCUGGAAAUCCCCAUGCUAAACCAACAGACUUUGAUUUCCUGAAAGUUAUUGGGAAAGGCAGCUUUGGCAAGGUUCUUCUUGCAAAACGAAAACUGGAUGGGAAAUACUACGCUGUCAAAGUGCUGCAGAAAAAAAUCGUUCUUAAUAGGAAAGAGCAAAAACAUAUUAUGGCUGAACGUAAUGUGCUUUUGAAAAAUGUGAAGCAUCCAUUUUUGGUUGGAUUACAUUACUCAUUCCAAACAACGGAAAAGCUUUACUUUGUCCUGGAUUUUGUUAAUGGAGGAGAGCUGUUCUUUCACUUACAAAGAGAACGUUCCUUUCCUGAGCACAGAGCCAGAUUUUAUGCUGCUGAAAUAGCCAGUGCACUGGGCUACUUACACUCCAUGAAUAUAGUGUACAGGGAUUUAAAACCAGAAAACAUUCUCCUAGAUUCACUAGGUCAUGUUGUGUUGACAGACUUUGGACUUUGUAAAGAAGGGAUUGCAAGUUCUGAUACCACUGCAACCUUUUGUGGGACACCAGAAUAUCUUGCACCGGAAGUCAUUAAAAAGCAGCCCUAUGACAACACAGUAGACUGGUGGUGCCUUGGUGCAGUUCUUUACGAAAUGCUUUAUGGGCUGCCUCCUUUUUACUGCCGUGAUGUUGCUGAGAUGUAUGAGAACAUUCUUCAUAAACCGUUAGUUUUGCGUCCAGGAAUCAGUCUUACAGCCUGGUCUAUUCUGGAAGAACUUUUGGAGAAAGAUCGGCAAAGCAGACUUGGAGCAAGGGAAGAUUUUCUUGAAAUUCAAAAGCACCCGUUCUUUGAAUCUCUCAGCUGGACUGAUCUUCUUCAGAAGAAGAUUCCACCACCAUUUAAUCCUAACGUGGUUGGACCAGAUGAUAUUGGGAAUUUUGACGCAGUGUUUACAGAAGAAAUGGUCCCAUACUCAGUUUGCAUUUCUUCCGAUUACAACAUCGUUAAUGCCAGUGUCCUAGAGGCGGAUGAUGCAUUUGUUGGAUUUUCUUACGCACCACCUUCUGAAGAUAUGUUUUCCUAGGGAGUUAGAAGGCAACAGUGUUUUGGAAGUCUUGGGGUGAACUGAAACGUUAGGGUUAUGGACACAUUCCAAAAUGGUGUAACUAGUGCCUCGUUUUGUAUGUAGGUUUGAAACCUAUGAACAAACUUUCUCUGCUGUAUAGGAGGAAUUUGGGCAUUUUGGAUGGCUUUCUUUGGGGGUUGAACUGUUUGUUCCUGCUGCAGAAAAUAUUUUUUAAAACCUUUAAACAGUGUUCUCUACAUAUUUUUUAAGCAAAGAUACUGACUGUUCUCCUCAAUCCCUUCAAGUUUACAUUCAUACCUAUCUAAGAUUUGGCUGGCACAAACAGCAGCAAAUUUAGUAAAUUUAUAAAUGCUUUUGUACCUAUUUACAGUGACUUUGUGCUUGAAUUGUAACUAUGCAAGUUGUCUUUUGUAUAUCCUGGUUUAAAAAAAAUGAAAAUGUUUUCCCUGUUAUAUCAGUUCAGAAUAUAUGUUAAUUUACCUGUCAGCACUUAAAUGAGGGGUUAAUAUAAGUUAAGGCCAGGAUUCUUAAAGGAAUUCUGCAGAAUGAAAAGGUGGUCACAUAAAACUGGAUUGUUGUUCUUGCACUUGCUGAAGGACCCACUCACUCAACUGGGUUAUCUGAGGUAUUGGGGGAUUACUUAAAGCAAGGAUGGAACAAAUUAACUGGAUUGAUUUGGUAACAUUACUGAUCAUGUGUUCUACUUUUCUUUCUUCCUUGAGAUAAAUAAGUCUAUAUUUCAACUACAUUAAAAUAUUUUUGGUUAAAAAUCUGCUUCUCCAAAGAUAUAAUAUGCAAUAAUCACUGUUACUUUAAAAGGCUAUCUUGCUUUGACCUUUUGGGGGCGGGUGGUGAGGGGAUGAUGCCAAAUAUUGGGGAUUUUUCUCACGGAUUCAUAGUUUGAAACACUAAUAUGUUCUAAAUUGAUUGUAUUUCAACAUUCAUAGCUACUUGUCCUUGUGUUCCAGUUUGCACCAUUUUAAAUCUUCACUUGAUAUUGGGGGGGGGGGGAAAUGUAAAUUACGCUGAUAAUUUUUAAAAUGUGAAAAGCUGUUGUAUUUCUCAUAACAUACACGUGUAUGGACAAACAUAAUUCUGAACAAUUUCUGUUUAAGGAAAUUUUUUUAAACAAUGCCAAAAUUGACUGCAGUUACAGUGUAUAAAGGCCUAUCACGGUAGUAGUUUUAUUAUAUAUAUUACUUGUAAAUAACAACUUAUUUUUGUCUGUUA